AUGACAUUCUGUGUAAACAGUCAUCAGAAGCAACCUGAUAAUGAUCCCAAAAGUGAUGCUAAAAAUCCCAAUAAAAUUAGCUCCAGCGACGAUAUCUUGAAGAGUCAUAACAAUGAGUCUGUGCCAAGCACAGAAAGCACAAGCUUAGAGAGUAAAUUAGGACGAAUAGAAAGGCUUUAUGGGACGAUGAUAAAGCACCAAAAAACACGACGACAAAGCGAGACAAAAAUAACAAAAGCUCCGACCCAAUGA